CCACUAUUUCACCGUCAACAGCCAACGGCCAUUCGACCAUUCACCUCCCUUCAUUGUGUCGUGUACUACUCUCUUUCCCCACCUCGGCCGCGAAUCCUCACCUCGGCAACUCGAACAACUUCAACACCUCUUGCUCACCCUUGGGCAGUUGCUACCUUACUCGUCUCACAUCACACACGGUCAGCUAUCUGGGCUGCAAUGUCCGGUCACAACCUUCACAAUGCACUCCUGCGGCCUCCCAUCAUCCAGAUCCUCCGAGCUCAAGGAUUUCACUCGACGCGCCCAUCGGUCCUAGAGUCACUAUCCGAACUGACUGGACGAUAUCUCAUGAUCCUGGCCUCUGCAACAGCCGCCCACGCCGCCAAUGCCCACCCCGAGGACCCAUCCCCAGUCAUUGAAGACGUCUACCAAGCGCUCCAAGAUGCCGGUGCGCUAAGACCCCAACUGAAAGAGUGGGAGGAGGACUGGGCCGGCGAAGAAGAUUUGCGUGGCCUCGAGUCUCUGCUUGGAUGGAUAACGGGCCCUGCGCAUCGUGAGAUUCGGCGCAUUGCAGGUUUUGUCCCGAGUGAGGGCGAUAUGGUGGAUCCGGAUGCCAUCGAGAAAGAGGACUUCCUGACGGCGCUGAAGAAGAAGCACAGUAAGACUGGCGAAGAAUCUCGAUACGCGGGGACAGUCCUGGGCAAGAGUGGGGAAGAGCACCCGGUUAUUCUGGAAGGCGGUGCGCCGAGUAUUCAAGAAUGGGGUGCGCAAGUACGAUCUCGGGCUCCCGUGAGUCCAGGUGCCAGUGAUACUUCGGGUGUUAGUAGCGCCCCGAGUCAUCUGUCGGAGGAAGAUCGUGUAGAAGUGUGAAAGCCCAAUGCAUCAUCCGCCCACCAGAAACAUCGGACAACAACCCCUCGACCCAAAUCAACACCACCCAAAUCCACCUUUACAAACGGGUGCUUUCUCUGGAGAAAGCUGUUUGUCAAAGAUGCCGACCAUGAGAACAUGCCGAAAGAGUCCAGUCAGUGUGUGCCUUGAUCUCUCCGAUGCGAUUACUCUCGGAGACCCUUUCGGGGCAUCUGCAUUAUCGACUACGGCAGAUGAUUGAGUAUGACGCGGGCAUAUGGUCUCACAUACCUCAGACACCGGUCGCUCAUGUGCCAGUGCAGCUUCAUGCUCCAAUAAGCUCCCCCUUACCAGCGCGUCGCGUAAUCCGACGCCGAUGGCAAUUUCCCUUCUUCUGGGCACCUCAUCUUGGUUCAGCUAGCGGAAGCACAAGUGCCGUAUCUGCUUCUGAGAUUUCAAAGUCAAGGAUUGCGAUGGUAGCUUGAUGUUCACUUAGCGAGUUGCAAUCGUCUUAAUGCAGACAGUUGCGGAAAUUUUUACGAUGUAUGCCAGUUGCAGGAUACCAAAUAGUGCGAAUGACGCUUCGUCAAAAUGUCAACUUCCUGGUAAUUUUGGCCCAACAUGAUCCUUUACAAUGAACAAUUACUCCUAAGAAAUGAUAUUUCAAAUCUCAGGAAAUACGCGGUCAUAAUUGAAAUUGGCAUAAUAAUU